AGAAAAAAAGUUAAAAUCAAUUUUUAUGUUUUUUGUUUAUUUUCAGAUGCAAAUGCAAUUUGAAUUUCAAUCUGAUAUGGAGUACAAUUGUAAUUUUAUUUGAAGUUUUGGAAAACAGUUGCUGCUUACAACUCCCUAACAACGCUUGUGAAGAAUCCUUGGAAACUAUAUCAUAUACAUCAAAAUGUCCGUCUGAUUUUGAAGAAUAUCAGGUGGCAGCGCUAAGGAAAAAUUGCAGCAAAUACAAAAAUGAAUGCAGAUCCUUCGAAUACCACUGUGUUCUAAACGAUGACACGACUAAAAUCAUGGAAGUUUGUGCACCGUCUCGCUAUAUUCAGUUUGGAAAGUGUGCAGAGUUUAACAUUGGACUACGAAGUAUUCGCAGAGUCUUCUUCAGUGAUUGUACAACUUUUAAACAUCCAUGUCCAAUUUCAUACAACUCCACAGAAUCUUACCGAUAUUCUGACUGCUUUAAUAUACUAGUAAUAAAAUCGACAACAAUGAUAGCACCAAAGAACACAACAGAAAAUAGAAAUGGUUCAUCAACAACAGAUUUACCAAUGCUUGAAAAUCAAAUAUCGAGCGGAAAAGAAACAAAGGAAAACUCUAUCACUGCUAUAUUACUUGGUAUCGGCAUUGCAGUAGUAUUAUUGCUUGCCGCCAUUUGUUAUGUUGUUUUGAGACGUAAACGUAAGCAAAAAGGUAAUAAAAAAGCACAGACGUAUAUAAGUAUCGCAAAAAUCAAAAAUUGAUCAAUGGGAAUAGAGCAAUGAGCUGUACCGGGGAAAUGUAAAUACAGCAAACAAUGGUCAAAUAAGUCCUGCUAUGCAGAAAGUAUAUGAACAGAGCAAUUGAAGACGGACAUCUUAAGAAAGAGGUGGGAUGAGGUACCAAAGAGAAUAAAGUAUACCAAGGAAUCUGCUCUCCUAAGCAUCAAAUUACCAUCGAUCCUUUCCUAAAACAAGCUGUUGUGAAUGGAAUUAUGCUUGAUGCAUAAAUUUAUUUAUCAUAUAGAUCAUGAAAGAAAUUACUGUAUAUUAAAGGGAUAUUAGCGAAAGAAAAAUCAGUUAUCACUUAUUUAAUUAAAAUUGUUUGUAAGCCCUAUAUACCUUUUUUAUAAUGAAACAUAAAAAUA